UUAUUUAGAAAAUUUGCGAAAUUCCGUGACCCGGAAGUAUUUUUUUUGUUGCUAAAGAGACACUUAUCUGAGGUCGUCUGCUCGUCUUUCAUGCUACUGAAAAUGUCCAAACUACAGGUGUUGAAUGCGUUUCUUACUCAGAAAUUAACAGCGGUGGCUGUGGAGAUAUUUGGGGCAGUGGAUAAAAUUAUAACAGUGUACGAGGAAGAAAUGUCCCGCUCAAAUGAGGAGAGCAAACGACUACAAAGACUACUGGAUUCGGUUUACAAACCAGAGAUAAGAUUACAUGAAACAGAACCCCAGCAGCUCACUGUCCCAGUCCCUGAGGAGGUUCCCUCUGAGCAGCAGCACUGUGAGCAGGAGUGCAGCCCAGGUGUGGAGCAGGAGGACUCAGACCCUACACAGAUUAAAGAGGAACAGGAGGACCCAGAUCACACACAGAUUAAAGAGGAACAGGAGGAGAUCAGGACCAGACAGGAGGAAGAGCAGCUUCAGGGGCUGGAGUCUGAUAUCAAAGAGUUCAUAUUCACUCCUUCCUGUGUGAAACAUGACUGUGAUCAGGACCCCCCUCAGCCCUCACAUCUUUCCCAAACCCUAACAAUGCAGACCAGAGAGAGGGACUUAGUAUGCAUCAGCACAACUACAGAGAUGGAAACUGAACCUGAUGGCGAGGUUUACAGAGGAACAGAAUCAAACAGUUACUCUCCACCCGUCCCUGUAGUAAAUGGAACUCAAUGUGAAGUCAGUGAAAAUGUUAACGGGGGGGUGCCAGUGUUAAAGCUACUACCAGUGUUAAAGCUACUCAAAUCAAAGAGAAUGUGGACAAAUGAGAGACAAAAUUCCAGUACCUCUGCAGAGGGCUGGAAAACCGAUGCGAUGACCAAUCAGAAAUCAGCUAGUCAUGGCAAUGCUGCUCCUUGUUGCAAAGUGUGUGGGAAGUCUUUUAAAUUUCUGGUGGCUUUAAUUAAUCAUGCGCAAACAGUACAUGCAAAUGAUGCAAAACAUAUGUGUGGUGUGUGUGGAAAAAACAUGAACUCUUCUCAAUGUAUGAUAGAACACCAACAAUCUCACAUUGCAGAAAAACCUUUUUGUCAUAUUUGUGGCAAAUGUUUCCAUUGUAAUGCUAAACUGAGAACGCAUAUGCGUGUCCACACAGGAGAGAGACCAUAUUGGUGCCAAAAAUGUAGCAAAGGCUUCAGGCAGCAGCAAAACCUGAAAGAGCAUAUGAGGACUCAUACAGCGGAGAAACCGUAUCGGUGCGAAGAAUGUGGCAAAUGCUUCAAACACUCGAGCAGCCUGACCGUGCAUAUGAGGAACCACACGGGGGAGAGACCAUAUAAGUGCCAUUUUUGUGAGAAAUCCUUUGUCUCAGCAAGUAAACGAAGUCUCCACCAACGGAUUACAUUGGAAAGAACUAGAAACUGUUUCAGUGCAGCCAGUGCAGCAGAAGCUUUAGUCAUGUGGGGACCCUGAGAAAGCACAUGAAGAACAUGUACAAACAGUGUCCCCCAAUUCCAAACCAACACCGCACACCAAGCGACUCACGUUGCGUUCCUUCCAAUGUCACAUGUUGCUGAACUUAAAGAGGGUCACUUUCAGAAUGGAGAUUGUAAUUAGCCCCUAACCCCUCAAGAAUUUUCACUGAUUCAUCUUUGGGAGAAAAAUGAAAUCUCCUGCAGUGAUCAUUCAGUGACAGAAGACAUGUAAAUGUAUCACACUACAUGGUUCUGUGUACAUUUAAAUCUUAUCCAAGGUGACUUACAUUUAUUGCGUUCAUCUUAAGGCAAGGUUUCCCAAAGUAGGUCCUAGGCCUCCCCGAGUGCUUAGCACUACACAACUGAUUUCAAAUCAUCAGAGUUUUAUAAGGUGUUGGAUAUUUGAAUCAGCUAUGUAGUACUAGGGGGAAGAAAAUAAAACAAAUGUUCACCCAGGAGAAACCCUUUGAGAAACCCUGUCUUAAGGGAACUAGGUGAGACAAGACCAUAUAUCACAGUCGUAUAGUUAAAAAAAAAAAAAAUGUUUAAAUAAAUAAAUGCAUAUAGUGACCACUGAAUUGCUGUUACUGUAGGAUAGACAGUCCUACACCCUUCCACAUUCUAUGAUUAAUUCAUUUUUGAAUUCAUUGUUUGUUUUUUUGUCUACCAAGCUGAGAAUAUAUGGACAAUCUGUGCUGUCAUGUAGGAUGUUUAGGAUGUUCAUGUAACAGUGUUGUUAUUGAGGCAUAGUUUUACUUUGUCUGUAAUAUCUCUGCUGUGAGUAAAUGGAAAAUAAGUUUAAAAAAAUAA